AUGAUUGCCUUCUGCCCAACAUGCGGCAACAUGCUGCUGGUGGAGCUGGAGGGCACGACCUCAGGGCUACGCUAUUUCUGCCAGACCUGCCCCUAUGUAUUUGAUAUCCAGCACACGAUCCGGCGGCGCUCGAAGCUGACGCCCAAGAAAGUGGAGGACCUGUUUGAUGAAACGAAGAUGUGGGCCAACGCGCAGAAGACCACCUCCACCGUCUGCCCCGCGUGCCGCAACAACGAGGCCUAUUUCUACGAGAUGCAGACGCGCUCCGCGGACGAGCCCGCCACGGUCUUCCUGCGCUGCUGCAACAACAACUGCAAGAAGGUCUGGUCGGAAAACUGA